AAAGCCUACCUUCUCUUCAGCUUAGGGUCACCGCUCUCCACCUCCUAAGCCGCCGUCCAUUGGCGGUGACCGGACCCAUCUGUUCUACUCUCAGCUCUCUCCACUUCUCCGCCGCUUACUACUUCCUCCUCCGCGAUGGCCGCCGCCGCCGCCGUCUCCUCCACCUUUAUCUUCCUCGCACCGAACACCUGCUCCUCGCAAACCCUUAAGCCGCCCUCCCUCGGCCCCUUCCGGCGCGCUGCCUCUGCCGUCGCCUUCCCCCGACUCCCCCGGCUCGUCCCUGUCCGUGCCUCCGUCGCCAUCGAAAAGGAGACCCCCGAGAACGAGCGGCCCGAGACCUUCCUCCGUUCUGCCGAUAGCCCCCAUGGCGACGCUGCCGCUGCGCCGAGUACCGUUCGGGCCCGCUUCGAAAGGAUGAUACGGGAGGUUCAGGACGAGGUGUGCGCUGCCAUUGAGGCGGCCGAUGGCGGCGGGACGUUCAAGGAGGAUGUUUGGUCCCGGCCGGGCGGGGGCGGCGGGAUCAGCCGGGUGUUGCAGGACGGGGGGGUGUGGGAGAAGGCCGGGGUCAACGUGUCCGUGGUGUACGGGAUGAUGCCGCCGGACGCUUACCGGGCUGCCAAAGGGGAGGCCAAAGCUGCUGGUGAGGAUUCUUCGGUCAAGGCGGGGCCUGUGCCAUUCUUUGCCGCCGGAAUUAGUUCGGUUUUACAUCCGAAUAAUCCAUUUGCCCCGACAUUGCAUUUCAACUAUCGGUACUUUGAAACUGAUGCACCAAAAGAUGCCCCUGGAGCACCUAGGCAAUGGUGGUUUGGUGGGGGUACUGAUUUCACUCCUGCUUACAUCUUUGAAGAGGAUGUAAAGCAUUUCCAUAGGGCCCAAAAGCAAGCAUGUGAUAAAUUUGAUCCAAGUUUCUAUACCAGAUUCAAAAAAUGGUGUGAUGAUUAUUUCUUCAUCAAGCACCGUGGUGAAAGGCGUGGGCUUGGUGGCAUAUUUUUUGAUGACCUUAAUGACUACGACCAAGAGAUGCUUCUUGCUUUCUCUACUGAGUGCGCAAAGUCUGUAGUUCCAGCAUACAUACCGAUCAUAGAACGAAGGAAAGACGCACCUUUUACCGAGAAUAACAAGGCAUGGCAGCAAUUAAGAAGGGGACGUUACGUAGAGUUCAAUCUGGUUUAUGAUCGUGGGACAACAUUUGGAUUGAAGACCGGCGGACGAAUAGAAAGCAUUCUUGUUUCCCUUCCGCUAACAGCUCGGUGGGAAUAUGUUCAUCAACCAAAAGAAGGAAGCGAAGAGUGGAAGCUGUUGGAUGCAUGCAUCAAUCCGAAGGAAUGGAUUUGAUGUCGGCCAAACGGCUAAGCAAUCUAAGCUAAGCCCUUUUAUAGCGUUGAGAAAAUAUGUGCAGGUUAGGAGUUGUGUAUUGAGUUAUGAUUACAAUCAUUUCUAGAAUAGUUAAUGGUGGUCAUGUUCAUGGUUCGUAUUAUCGGUCCGUACUGAUAUACCGAUCAACUGUUGGUACGGUAUGUAUUGAGCUAUAUCAAGCAUAUUGAUACGCAGUAUAUUAGGGUUUACAAA